UUCACAGAAAUGGAGGCGAAGGUGCGCGAAGCGACAAACAAUGAGCCUUGGGGCGCGUCCUCGACAACAAUGCAGGAGAUUGCCAAUGGAACGUUCAACUAGUAGGUUCCGCGGUUGGCAUCCGUAUAUCCCUCAUCCAUGGUACAAUGGUACUAACAAGGACGCCUCGACCCAGCCAAACGCUCAACGAGAUUAUGCCCAUGAUCUACCGCCGCUUCACCGAAAAGUCAGCCGAAGAAUGGAGGCAAAUUUACAAGGCACUGCAGCUUCUCGAGUUUCUCAUCAAGCACGGCUCGGAAAGAGUCAUUGACGACGCGCGCGGCCACAUCACCCUGCUCAAGAUGCUGCGGCAGUUCCACUACAUCGACCCGAACGGCAAGGACCAGGGCAUCAACGUCCGCAACCGGGCAAAGGAGCUGUCUGAGCUCCUGAGUGACGUUGAAAAGAUCCGCUCUGAGCGCAAGAAGGCCAGAGCAAAUAAGGCCAAGUACACUGGUGUGGAGGGUGGGGCCGGCGGAUUUUCCAGCGGCAGCAGUGGCAGAUACGGCGGGUUCGGCAGCGAGUCUGGAGGCUACGGUGGUAGCGGCAAUGCUGGCUACGGUGGCUACUCUGGGGGCGUGUACGGCGAUGGCGGCGGCUUCGGUGGCCAGACUGACGACUGGAGGGAUAACGGUGCCAGCAGCAGUGGCGGCGGCGGCGGCAGGGACCGUUUUGAGGAGUACGAUGAGGCCGAUGACGCGCCCUCAAGCUCUGCCGCGAAAUCGAAACGGACAGAGCGCGCUGGCGUAAAGAAGACUGUUGGCGCCGCGGAGCCACCCAAGAAGAAGGAGCCUGAGGUCGACCUCUUCUCCUUCGACGACCCUGUCCCUGCUUCGACUUCGAUACCAGCUGCUGCUCCGCAGCCCUCGAAUGGCUCGUCUGCCUUUGGCGCGCUGUCUGAAGCGGCUGAUGACGACGACUUUGACGACUUCCAGUCGGCACCGCCUACGACUGGCCAGCCUUCGAACUUUGGCGGCAGUUCUAUCGCCCCUCCAAUGAUGACGUCCACUGCCUCGUCGACAACUCAGUUUGCGGCGCCUAAGCCCGUCUCGGCGCCGCAACAGGCAAGCAUCUCAGACCUCAUGUCAUCCAUCUCGCCGCCACCGCCGAGCUCUGGCGGCACCCCUGGAGCGAACUACUCUGCGUUCAGCGCCCCAAAGAGCAACCCCAUGGCGUCUCCGCCUGCGGCCCAGAAACCCGCCAUGGCGUACCAGGCCGCUCAACCCAACUACUUCCAGUCUGUUUCAGCACAGCCCCAACAGGGCAGCAAGCCCGGGAUGUCGUCCAUGUCGGCCGCGUCGACACCCUCGGGGAUGUCGGCCCUUAACAAGCCGGCCGCGCCGGCAGCGAAGCCGGCAGCCGCUGCUGGAGCCGACCCAUUCGCCAACCUCUGGGGCGCCUCUGGCGUUGCCAAGAAGACCCCGGCCGCCGGGUCUGGACCCAAGAUGGGAGACCUCGCCAAGGAGAAGACGAGCGCGUCGUUGUGGGGCGCGCCGGCGAACGCCAGCAACCAGGCCACUGGUGCCAAGAACAACAACAGCAACUCUGGGGGCUUUGGAGACCUGCUAUAGAUGGUAUGACGUGCUGGAGAUUUGCGGGCAAAAAUGAUACACCACUAGUGUUGAGCCGAGUUUAGGAAACGAGUCAAUCCAAACACGGCGAAGUAAGCCUUUCUUGAGACCAAGGUCGUGCCAGAAAACAACCAUUUGAUUUCUGGCGUGUUAAAGUAGAUUUGGGACCCGGCCCACCAGCAACACGCCCUGUUGUUGUGUAGGAUGGAUGUAUGCAUGUGGCUGCGAGGCCUGAGGGAGGCUUGUUGAGCACAGGGAUAAUUGUAUGCACUGUGUACUAGUGAGGACAGCUCGCAAGCAUUGGUAUAGUCAUCUUCUUCUCACUGGUCCUAUGUUAGACGCGACGCGCGGUUGGCGGUUUCAGUGAGUAACCCUAAAGCUCUACCCAGUAACUGUCGACGUACC